AUGUCAGAACUCCUAACCAUCCCACCUCACGCUGGCUUCAACUUCACAAAAACCCUCCAGAAAGAUACCUAUCCCCUCAUCUCCCCUCUCACCCCCUCCGGAUCGCACAAAUCCCACCCAAUCUCCAUCACCGGUGCCUCCAAAGGCCUCGGCCGCCGCCUCGCCCUCUCCUUCGCCCAAUCCCGCGCCCUCGCCCUCGACGCGUUCGGGGACGCAGGGCUCGAUAUAUCGGUGAAUAAUGCGGGGUGGGCAGAGAGCGUUCGAGUCAUGGGCGAGGUGGAGGUUGAGGUGCGAGAUUGGUGGCAUACGUGGGAGGUGGACGCGAUGGGGUUGUUUGCUAGUACUAGUAUGGAGAAGACAAUCGUGAAUAUGAGUUCGAUGGGGGCGCAUCUUAUGGGUCCGGGCGUGACCUCAGCCUACCAGACGAGUAAACUUGCCGUCCUGCGUCUGACCGAGCUCAUGAACGUCGAUCACGGCCCCCAAGAUCUCCUAGCCUACUCCAUCCACCCCGGCGGCGUCCUCACCGACAUAGUCCUACGGAUGCCUCCGGAGGUGCAGCGCGCCCUAACUGACACGCCUGCGCUCUCCGCCGAUUCUAUAGCGUUCUUGACGAGGGAGGAGAGAAUGGCUGGCUGGGCGUUUGAAUGCGCCAUAGGUACUUGGGAUAUGGAGGAGUUGUUUUCGAGGAAAGAUGAGUUCGUGAGUGGCGACAAGUUGAAGGUUCGGAUGGUCCUGUGA